GACAAAUGUAGCCGCGUUAGUUUAAAGGGUUAUUUUUCCUGCCAGGAAUAAAUAUGUGGACUGCUUUAGCUCCAAUGUUCCGGCUGAAAUAUGUGGAACUUCUCUGGAUGUAGCCGUUUGUUGUUAGUCCCACCCAAAAUGGAGCCCGUUCUUCCUUGUUCGAUGUAGACUUGAAGGGCUGGACUCAACUAGAAAUGAGGGACGGACAUCCCCACUCGUCUCAGGAGGGAAGUGACGUGUUGGUUGCCAUGGAAACCAAGCAGGAGCCAUCAGCUGUGUGGAGUCAGGCUGAUUCAAACAACACAGCACAGGUGCAUUUUGAAGGCGGGACCGUGGCCCAGAUUGUGUAUAGUGGGGAUCAGGCGGACAGGGGGGAGCAGCAGGUGGUUUACACGGCAGAUGGAAACUCCUACACCUCAGUGGAACCCGCAGAGCACACGCUGGUCUACAUUCAUCCUGCAGAUGGCACUCAGGCUGUGUUUUCCGAUCAGCCGCAAGUGGCUUACAUUCAGCAGGAUGGGACGACCCAGCAGGUGACUGUCCUGCUGCCUGGUGGACAGAACAUGAAUGCUGCCAACCUGCAUGUCCUCAGUAAUGUGGCUGAGGCUCCUCAGGCCAUCCUGGAGCCGGUCUCCCAGGAGCAGCUGUCCAAUUCGCUCACAGCGAUGCCUGACAUGGGCGACGCCCCCAGCAGCCCUCUCGGAACGGCAGACUCCACGGAUGAUUAUGAAGAAGACGAGGAUGAAGACUCGGAACUGGACGACUGGGAGCCGCGGCAGCUGGAGGCCUUCAACCCUCAAAACCUCUGGUGCGAGGAGUGUAACAACGCCAACCCCUCCGUCUGUUUGCUGCACGGCCCCCUCCAUCCCAUCCACAACCGGCCGGUGUUGUCCAGGGCCAGAGCCAGUCUGCCUCUGAUCCUUUACGUCGACCGCUUCCUGGGCGGAGUCUUCUCGAAAAGGCGGAUCCCGAAGCGUACGCAGUUCGGCCCGGUCGAGGCGCCGCUGCGUCCGCAGAGCGAACUGCAGGACCACUACAUCCACCUGAAGCUGUGCAAACUGGACGCAGAAAAGGACACGCAGACGUCAGACGACCUUUGGUUUGACCUCUCCGACGAAGACAGCUGCAACUGGAUGAUGUUUGUGCGCCCCGCUCGGAACCACUUGGAGCAGAACCUGGUGGCCUAUCAGUACGGAUCCGAACUAUUUUACACCACCAUCAAAAACAUCCAGCCCAAGCAGGAGCUGAAGGUGUGGUAUGCAGCAUCGUAUGCGGAGUUUGUGAAUCAGAAGAUCCAUGAUGUGACGGAAGAAGAGAUCAAAGUCCUCAGGGAGCAGGAGAAGAACUGGCCCUGUUACGAAUGCAACCGGCGCUUUGUGAGCUCGGAGCAGCUGCAGCAGCACCUCAACAUGCACGACGACAAGCUGAGCUCCGCCUCCAGGUCCAGAGGGCGGAGCCGAGGAAGAGGCAGGAAGAGGUUCGGGACGGGAAGGCGACCAGGGCGGCCGCCUAAAUUCAUUCGAUUGGACCCGCCUGCAGACGCCAGCGAGGACAAAACAACAGACCUGCUGGAGCUGACCGAGAAGCCGCUGGAGGAGCGAGAAGAAGGAGCGCAGAACGGGCUGAAGGAGGUGGAGACGGAGACGGAGGCGGAGCCCGACGCGGACGGAGACUGUGCGCUCGAACCUCCCGCCGGAGAUCCGGUUCCAGAGCCGGCGAUGCCCCCCGCCAGCAUGAACGUUCCCCUGAAGGACGACCCGGCGCAGGACAGCCAAUCGGAGCCCCACGUCACGCCGCAGGACAUGCAGCGAGCCAAGAGAAUACGGAUGGAUGUGCAGAACGCGGCGCUGCAGCACCUCUUCAUCCGGAAGAGUUUCCGUCCGUUCAAAUGCCCGCACUGCGGCAAGGCCUUCCGGGACAAAGACAAGCUGGAGCAGCACCUGCGGGUCCACGGCCGGGACGCCUACACCUUCGCCUGCCACAUCUGCAGCAAGAGCUUCUUGAGCGACUCCUCGCUGGAGGACCACCUGCUGCUGCACGCCGAGAACCGCUCCUUCUCCUGCCUCCUGUGCCCGGAGACCUUCGAGAGGGUGGAGCUGCUGAAGGAGCACGUGGAGGUGCACUCGGUGGACGGCGCCUUCACCUGUCCGUCCUGCAAGAAGACGUUCAGCGACUUCAUCCAGGUGAAGAAGCACAUUCGCUGCUUCCACUCGGAGAAGAUCUUCCAGUGUCCGGACUGUGAGAAGGCCUUCUGCCGACCCGACAAGCUCCGCCUGCACAUGCUGCGCCACUCCGACCGCAAGGACUUCCUGUGCUCCACCUGCGGCAAACAGUUCAAGAGGAAAGACAAGCUGAGGGAGCACAUGCAGCGCAUGCACAACCCCGACCGGGAGGCCAAGAAGGCCGACCGCAUCCAUCGAUCCAAGUCGCUGAAAAUGAAAGUCCCCACCUCCGACUUUGAGAGCUUUGUAUUCAAAUGCCGGCUGUGCAUGAUGGGAUUCAGACGCAGAGGAAUGCUGGUCAAUCAUCUGUCCAAGCGGCAUCCAGAGAUGCGCAUCGACGAUGUGCCUGAGCUGACGCUGCCCAUCAUCAAGCCCAACAGGGACUACUUCUGCCAGUAUUGUGACAAGGUUUACAAAAGUGCCAGUAAAAGGAAAGCGCACAUCCUGAAGAACCACCCCGGAGCGGAACUGCCCCCCAGCAUCCGGAAGCUGCGACCGGCCGCCCCCGGGGAACCGGACCCCAUGCUGAGCACGCACACCCAGCUGACCGGAACCAUCGCCACCUCGCCGGUCUGCUGCCCGCACUGUGCCAAACAGUACAGCAGCAAGACGAAGAUGGUCCAGCACAUCAGGAAGAAGCACCCGGAGCUGGCUCAGCUGGGCAGCAGCAUGACCGCCGCCGUGAUCAGCUCCGCCCCUGCAGUCAUCAAUGCAGACGGCGCCACGGCGGAGGCUGUAGUGACCACAGAUUUGCUGACUCAGGCCAUGACCGAGCUGUCUCAGACCCUGACCACCGACUACCGAACGGCGCAGGGGGAUUACCAGAGGAUCCAGUACAUCCCGGUGUCGCAGGCGGGGGGCAGCCUGGCUCAGCCGCAGCACAUCCAGCUGCAGGUGGUGCAGGUCGCUCCGGCUUCCUCCCCUCAUUCCCAGGCCCCCACGGUGGAUGUGAGCCAGCUGCACGACCCCCACGGCUACAGCCAGCAGCCCAUCCAGCUGCAGCACGUCCAGGUGUCGGAGGCCUCGGGCACCGGCCAAGCCGCCGCCCAGGGCGCCAGCCGGCCGCUCAGCCCCACCUCCCAGCAGCCGAGCCAGGAGCUGACCCCCGUCACCUUAGCCCAGAGUCAGAGCAGCAGCCAGCAGCCGGGGACGGUGCAGCACACCUACAUACCUGGAAACUGGAACUACCGAGGCUACCCGUCAGAGAUCCAGAUGAUGACUCUACCUCAUGCACAGUACGUCAUAGCUGAAGCCAGCACCCCCGUGUCUGGAGGAGGGAGCAGCCAGGUCAAAACGACACACUACGUCAUAUCCGAGGGUCAGAGUGAUCUAGAGACUAAACAAGCCGCUCCUCAGAGCUCCGCCCAGAACGAACACCUGGAGCAGCAGCCGGUGACGCAGCAGUACAUCAUCACCACAACCACCAACGGCAGCGGGACCGGAGAGGUCCACAUCACCAAACCCUGAGGCACCCCGCCCAGCCUCCUGAGCACCUUCCGCUCACGAGGGCGUGGAUCUGCACGCGGAGGCGGGACCGGCCCAACCGAGCUGCUAGAACUUUAACAGAAAAUGUGAAGUUUUUAUUAUUAUAUGAAAAUAAUGAUGAAGAAAAAAGUAGUUUUAAAUAAAACACUGGAAGGCAGAGCUGGACAGUAGCUUGCUUUCUUCUCAGUAAACUUGAAUUUUGAAGCUGCUUACUAACAUCUUGGGAAUAAAUGUUGAAUUAUCCGCAUAUCCGUUACGUCACAGACAUGUA